AUGGAGGAGGAGGAGGAAAAGCCCUGGAGGUGCCGCACGAGGAGGGGCAGCAAACCCAGCGCAGGGAGCUGUGAGAAGCAAAGACCCGCCCUGUGCCAGGAGGGCGGCCGGAGAUCCAGCCAGAGCUCAGAGCUGGUGGAGAAGCCUCAUGGAGGGGAGAAGCCCCACAAGUGCUUGGAAUGUGGGCAGGGUUUCAGCCAGAGAUCCAGACUGAUCGAGCACCAGGUGAUCCACACUGGGCAAUGGCCCUAUGAGUGUGGGGAAUGUGGGAAGGGUUUCAGCCGGAGCUCCAAUCUGAUCCGGCACAAGAGGGUCCACACUGGGGAGAAGCCCUACGAGUGUGGGGAAUGUGGGAAUAGAUACAGGUAUAGCUCCCACCUGAGGAGACACCAGGUGAUCCACACUGUGGGGAAGGCCUACGAGUGUGGGGAAUGUGGGAAGAGCUUCAGAGACAGCUACAGCCUGAUCCAGCAUCAGGUGAUCCACACUGGGGAAGGGCUCUACACCUGCCUGGAAUGUGGGAAGGGCUUUGGAUAUAGCUGCGACCUGAGAAAGCACCAGCGCAUCCACACUGGGGAGAGGCCCUACGAGUGUCCCGAGUGUGGGAAGAGGUUUCACACCAGCUCCAAUCUCCUCGUACAUCAGCGGAUUCACACAGAGGAAAGGGCCUUCCGCUGCCCUGACUGUGGGAAGGGCUUCAAGCACAACUCACACCUCACUGUCCACCGGCGCAUCCACACCGGGGAGAGGCCCUACGAGUGUCCUGUGUGUGGGAAGAGCUUCUCCAGGGGUUCUCACUUGGCCAAACACCAACGGAGGCACCGCUAAGGGAAGCCCUGCGAGUGCCCCGAGACCGGGAAGAGCUUUGUGUGCUGCUCCAGCUCCAUCCCCUGUGGUUUGAAAAGACAGGUGUCUGCUAAGGAGAGGCAGGCCUCUCUAGGAACGAGGACUUCAAAUCCUUCCCUCCAUGUUAUUAUAAUUUGGAAGAUUAAAAAAAAACUUUUCAGUCAGAGCUAUGGGGAAAAAGAAUAACAGUCCUUUACUAGUAAAUAUAACAGGACAGACAAAAAACAACAGCAAUUAUAACAAUAGUAAAACAGAACCAAGAACCCCGAGGGCAAACGGUGGAAGCUCCGGCGCUGAUGACUGGAAGCUGGAAGCGGUGGAUUGUCCUCGGCAGGCAGGGGGUGUCCUGGCAGGCAAAAUGGGCAGUGCUGGAGAACCCGCAGUGGCUGGACCCGGGCUGAGCCAAAAUCCAGCAGGGCAGCGAAGAAACUCCGAAUUCCUGGGCGCUCCAAGAGAUGGUAGAAUUCCCAGGACCAGACUCCUCCAUUAACUGUGGACUCCAUGCAGCUCUGAGUCGCCCAAUCGUGCUCCCCAGAAAAACUGAGAGCAGUGAGCCCCACCACCCCCAGCUCCCCGGAGCUUUUUUCCCUCCCCCAAAACUAAGUGAUCAACUUCCUUUGUUCGGGUGAGCACCCUUUAACUACCAGUAUUUAGUCUCCUAGCAACUUAUGGGGGGGAAAAAUUCUACAGGAAACUUAACCCUCAACAAUCCCCCAUGGGAGGAUCAGUGUUGGAUGAUCCCCAGUGAUCCCUAUUGGGCAGAGCCCUGCUGAUCCGUGGUCCUGGUAAUCCGUGUUGGGAAGACACCUGGCUGGGAUGCUCCACAUCUUCCUGGCUCCCCAUGGGCACCUGGAUGAACACAGGGGCAGGAACAUCCAUCGGGGCACAGACCGACAUUGGGAGUUCCUUGGGCAGAGUGGAUUUGUUGACUUUCAACCCCAGAAAAUCUUUUGUGUUCAAUCCUAUCAUCUGGAGGCAUCAAGGAAUACUGGAUGGUCUUGGAGGUCUUUUCCAAUCUCCGGGAUUCCACGAUUUUGAUUUCCUGUUUCCCAAGUGUGUCUUGCACAGCCAAAGAGUGAAGAUGAAGUGCAGGAACCAAGAUUUUAGAGACAGUGCGGUGGAAACCCCUCCAAAAAAGGUUCUUCCCUCCCAGCCAAACACAUGGAUCCUCAGCUGGCAUAGACACAGCAAUCCUUUUUGUUUGACCUUGAUUUGUUGUUCAUUUCUCUUCAUCACUUUAAAUGUCCAACAUUGUGGUAAAAAUAAAGAGAUUGAACUGGGACAUGGGUAAGGACAUGGGGGACAUAGACAUGGUGGGACAUAGACAUGGAGAGUGACAUGGGGACACAUGGACAGGGAUGUGGCCAUUCAUGGGGACAUGAGGGGAAAUGGGCACAGCUGGAGAUGUGGGGGACAAUGACAGGGAUGGAUUUGUGGUGGGGAGACAGCCAUGGGUGAGGACAUGGUGGGACAUGGCCAGUGACAUGUGGGGACAUGGCCAUGGCCGGUGCCAUGGAGGGAACUUGCAGGGGCUGUGGGGGAUGCUGGGUUUGAGGGAGUUGAGGGUUCCUGGGAGGGACUUGGGGCUUGCUGAGGGCUUUGGGGAGCCCAGAGCUGGGAGACCCUGGCAGAGGUUGUGGGGCAGCUGCUCAAGGACCCCCUGAGCUGGACCCCCAGCUGGGCAUUGGGCUCCUGGAAGGGAAUGAAGGUCCUUGUCCCCAGGAGGGAAAUCCCAGCAGCCCCAGGGUAUUGGGGGCAGCUGAGAGGCCACAACAGGGAGAGGAAAGCCAAACAGAGCUGUCCCCCUCCAGAACUGCACCCCAAAAAUCCCAAACUCAGGGACUCCUCCCAGGAACAAGCUGUCAGGAGGUGCCUGAAUUGAGGGCAAGGGGGAUGGGACCUCAGACUGAGCAGGAGGGGUCUGGAACCUCCAAAACCAAGCAUGAUGGACAGGGCUGGUGGAUUGGGGGGCAGAGGGGAAGGGGUGGAAGAGCAGGGAAGAAGAGGGGGCUAGAACCCCCAAAUUGCUUUGGGAAGGGUCCCACUCCUCCUCCUUUCUAAUCCCCAAGAUGGUGCUGGGGCAGUGCUGGACUCUGGGCCUGGCUUGGGCACCCCCCAUGCGCCCCCUCCCCAAAUUCCCCUGGCAGCUUCAGGGGAAUACACAUCAAAAGAACUGUAAACCCCAACACAACUUGUCCCCACCACACUCAACAACCCUUCCUCAUUUGCAUGAGCCAAU